AUGAACAAACAAUGCCUUUACGUGAAGUUUGAUGCAGAUGAAUACCUGCGUAUCACGGAGUCAGAUGAUAAGAAGUUUUGCAGAAACAAGAAGAAAAGGGUCCAUGAAAGUACUGAUGAAUCUGGAACCGAUCCAUCUUUGCAAGACAAGGAGGAAAAUUACAUCCCCAAACAUAAACGACUUCAUUCUCCCUCAGACAGAAGUGAUACACAUCAAGAUCAAGAAGAUGAUUCCAACAUUGCUUACCGGCCCGAUCCUGAUGAAAUUUUUGAGACUGAACACGUGGAUCAAACCAUUACUCCUGGUUGCUUGUUAAAUACACCUAUGGUUGAGCUCAAUACCUGCAUUGGUGAACUGAAACUGGUAGUCAUCGAAAGCCCUUUGCCAAUAGCCUCUGUACAAAGGACUCCUCCUCAACCCAAGUUGUGGAUUCUUGGAGUUGCUAAGGCAGUAGUCUAUCAUCCCCAGUCCCCCAAUUCAACUUUGUUCAAUUCAGAUUGGAUGUUUGUCUUAGGUGAAGAACCACACUUGGGAUGGCUUGACAUACAAGGUGUUCCCAAAGAAGAUACCUCCAAAGAUGAAAACCAAGUUGAUGAAUAUGACUCUAUACCGUUCUGUGCCUCCACUUCAUCAUUUGACUCACCCAAUUCUCAUGCUCAAUUAAGAUUGUUUGCAGAAGCACAAAGAAUCAUCGGCAAAUUUCACCAGAAGAGGAAAGGCGCCUACACCCCUCCCAAAGGUUUCAUGACAGCAGUCAACUUUACAAUUAAAAAACCUUACAAUCUUGAUCAUCAAAUAAUGCAUUGCCUCACUCAUUUUCGUAUAGAUGAAUAUAAAGGCAAGUCCUUGCUAUGUAUUCUACAAGCUUCUGGACGUAUCAUAACUCAAGUCGAGUUGAUCCACUCAAACUCAGCUAUUGGGGAUGACAAUCCCGGGGAAGAUAGUCUGAAGAUAUUUUUAGAAAACCAUUCUUGUCCUCCGCCUUGUGAAUUCCUUGGUCUCCAUAAGCUAGAUGUACCGUACACUGAUUAG